UGUGCAUUCUUUGUUUUGACACUAAUUUUGUUAUUUUUGUGAGUCGCGGUAAAUAAUUUUAAAAUUCAAAGUUUUCAAAUGGAUUUCCAUCAGUUUCGGAUUUCAAAUUGUCCGCCCAAUGUAUACUACAUUCCUGAUUUCCUAACUUCACAAGAAGAAUCUUACAUUCUUUCAAUGGUGGAAAGAACUCCCAAACCUCGGUGGACACAAUUGGCCCACAGACGGCUUAUCAACUAUGGAGGUGUCCCCCACCCUAAAGGCAUGAUUGCAGAAGAAAUUCCAACUUGGCUUGCUAAUUAUGUUGACCGAGUGAACCAACUUCAACCGAAUGUUUUCGAGAGUGAUCGGAAGGCCAACCACGUGCUUAUCAACGAAUAUCAACCCGGUCAGGGUAUAAUGCCGCAUCUGGAUGGACCUUUGUUUUAUCCUACGAUAACGACCAUUUCUUGUGGAUCACAUACAGUUUUGCAAUUUGAAGACCAAAGCGACGAACGGCGUCCGGUUGCAAAAUUGUUGGUGGAACCGAGAAGUCUUCUGAUCCUGAAGGACGACAUGUACCACAAAUAUUUGCACUCAAUUGCCGAAACGGAUACCGAUGCAGUUGAUGGCAGUUUGAACAAUUUGAAACACUGCGAGGGAGUUCAGCUCGGCGAUGUGUUGCCAAGAAAAACCAGAAUAUCCCUCACCAUUAGACAUGUUCCAAAAACAACGAAAAUGAAGCUUAAACUGUUUUGAAAUCAAUUGCGGUCUUUAUUCGUAUAUAUUGUCAAUCUUUCCAAGACUGAUUUCCCUGGACAAAUAAAAAACUAGGUACAUUGAAA